AGCUUUUGCAAGCGGCGCGGCCGGCCUGCGAGCUGCGACUAUAGUCACUUCCCAGACUUCCUCCUAGUUCUUUGCGGCCGGCCGGGUGAGGCCGGGCUCGCGCGGGGGGCAGGCGACAGCUGCCUCCGGCGGAGCCGGCGGCGCGGCGGAGGCUGAGAGCCGCCGCCUUCGCAAGCGCCCCGGCCGGCCCGCGACUUCGCAGCGUGCUCCAUGCAUCCGGAGCCCGCCCCGCCCCCAAGCAGCUACAGCCCCGAGCUUCCCCUCAGCGGCGGUAGCACCACAAGUGGCAGCCGCAGGAGUCGCCGCCACAGCGGGGACGGGGAGCCCCCAGGGUCGUCGCCGCUGCCGCCGCCCGCCGUUACCUAUCCGGACUGGAUCGGCCAGAGUUACUCCGAGGUGAUGAGCCUCAACGAGCACUCGAUGCAGGCGCUGUCCUGGCGCAAGCUGUACUUGAGCCGCGCCAAGCUCAAAGCCUCCAGCCGGACCUCAGCUCUCCUCUCCGGCUUCGCCAUGGUGGCCAUGGUGGAGGUACAGCUGGACGCUGACCACGACUAUCCGCCGGGGCUGCUCAUUGCCUUCAGCGCCUGCACCACGGUGCUGGUGGCCGUGCACCUGUUUGCGCUCAUGAUCAGCACCUGCAUCCUGCCCAACAUUGAGGCGGUGAGCAACGUGCACAAUCUCAACUCAGUCAAGGAGUCGCCCCACGAGCGCAUGCACCGCCACAUCGAGCUGGCCUGGGCAUUCUCCACUGUCAUCGGUACACUGCUUUUCCUGGCCGAGGUUGUGCUGCUCUGCUGGGUCAAGUUCUUGCCCCUCAAGAAGCAGCCAGGGCAGCUGCGGCCCACCAGCAAGCCCCCAGCUGGUGGUGUGGCCGCCAAUGUCAGCAGUGAUACCAUCACCCCAGGCCAAGCUGCUGCCAUCGCCUCCACCACCAUCAUGGUCCCCUUUGGCCUGGUCUUCAUCGUCUUUGCUGUCCACUUCUAUCGCUCACUGGUCAGCCAUAAAACGGACCGACAGUUCCAGGAGCUCAACGAGCUGGCUGAGUUCGCCCGCUUGCAGGACCAGCUGGACCACAGAGGGGACCAUCCCCCAACACCCGGGAGCCACUAUGCCUAAGCCCUCCCAGGCCUGGGCGCCUCAGAGCUUUGGCCUUAUCCCCUCCCCCACGACUCUGCCCUGCCUGGCCUCAAGGACAGCCUGCCAAGGGGGCUGGGCUUUCAUCAGGGGGCCAAAUGUGGAGGGAAGAUGUUUUUUUUAAAGAGAAAUUACUGCACUUUGAAACUUUCCCCUAAGACAAUAAGCACUUCCUGUUUUUCCAGCUCUGGGUUCACCUCCUCUUUGGAGGCCACCAGCGGGAGCCAGAGCAGGGACAAAUGCUCCCUUUGUCCUUCCUCCUCCCUUGUGCCAGUGCCACCUGGAUGCUUCCUGUCCUUUGCAUUUUGAUCGCCUCCCCAUUCAGCAUCGAGUAGUGUGUGUGUGUGUGUGUGUGUGUGUGUGUGUGUGUGUGUG